AUGAAGCCCACUCAGGUCGCAGUCCUCAUCACCGGUCUCCUUGGCACAGUUGCCAUAGCCAACCCCGUUGCCGGCCCUGAGCUGAACCUAGUCGAGGUGGCUCCCCGCGCCAAGUACACCGUUAAGUGCGAAGGGGGUAUGCACCCCGACGCUCGUUGCACCAACGGGAAGAAGAAAGAUGGCUGUCGAUGUGAUAGCAAGGGAACUUACCUUUGUGACCCUUCAUCUCUCGCGAAGAAGGGCGGCCAGUGUGCCAAGUGUGGCUGCCACGCGGAGUAG